AAAAUCUAAGUGACCUACGAACAAAAUGAAGAAAUAUUGUUAUGGAAUAUGUUUCUUAAUUUCAGUAGCAAUCAAUAUAUUAUUUAGUAUACAUCUAUAUGUAGGUGAUGGUCCGAAUCAGGAGAUUAGUUGCCGGUCGUCAUUGACAUGGAGCGAGAAAGCAGCCGCAGAGGCGGAGGCGGUUGCAGCAAUCUCAUGCUCCGGCCACGGUAGAGCAUUCCUUGACGGUUCGAUAUCUGACGGUCAACCUGUUUGUGAAUGCUAUGGUUGUUACAGUGGCACUGAUUGCUCAGAAUUGUCUCCAGGAUGUGCUGCUGAUGCUAAUAGUGGGGAUCCUAUAUACCUUGAGCCAUUCUGGAUGCAAAAUGCAGCGGAUACUGCAGUCGUCAUAUCGGGGUGGCAUCGUAUGAGUUACGAAUAUGCUGAUGACCCUAUGAUGUCACCAGAGCUCGACAAGUACAUUCGUAAGCUACAUUCAGUUGCCGGGAAUGCGAUCACUCAAGACCGAUACAUUGUCUUUGGUGUCGGGUCGUCCCAACUUCUAAGUGCAGCUGUUUAUGCGCUUUCCUCUCAAAACUCUUCUUCACCAUCCAACGUCCUGGCUUCCACGCCGUUCUAUCACUUGUACAAGGAUCAAACAAGGUUGUUUAACUCGAAGAACUUUGUGUAUAGAGGAGACACAAACUCAUGGCAAACAAAUAACACGGAUGUUAUUGAAUUUGUAACCUCACCAACCAAUCCAGGUGGGGAGUUGAAGAAAUCGGUUACAGGAGGGAAGACAAUACACGAUCAUGCCUAUUUUUGGCCACAGUUUACACCUAUCCCGGGCCCUUCAGAUCAUGAUCUCAUGAUUUUUAGUCUUUCUAAGCUCACUGGUCAUGCCGGUACACGCUUUGGAUGGGCGAUUAUAAAAGAUAAAGACGUAUAUGACAAGGUUUUAAACUAUAUCUACUUGGCUAAUGCGGGGAUUUCAAAGGACACUCAAUUAAGAGUUUUAAAGGUUCUAAAAGUCGCAAUGAAAGCAGAUGGAAAACCCUUCUUCGAAUUCGCUUAUAACCAAAUGAGUGACCGUUGGAAUAGAUUGACUUCUGUCUUCUCAAAGUCAACAAGAUUUUCAAUCCAGCCAAGACAUCCUUUGCAUUGCAAUUUCUUUCACCAAACUAGGCAACCAUCUCCAGCCUAUGCAUGGGUAAGAUGUGAAAGACAAGAAGACAAUGAUUGUGCUGCGGUGCUAAAAGCCGGGAAAAUCAUCGGCCAAAGUGGAAGUACCCUUAGCGCCAAAGAUCGUUAUGCACGACUUAGUCUAAUUAAGAGCCAAGAUGACUUUGAGCUGCUUAUGCAACGACUGACCGAGCUAGUUUCUCUUGAAAACCACAACAUAGAGAUGAUAUGAAUAGCUAAAAUGAAUUCACCAUUAUUUAUAGAAACUCUUUAGGACUUAUUAACCAUCUUUGUAAUAUAAACUUGUUAGGGUGGUUAGAUUUCACGCAACUUAAUGGCGUUGCUUGUAACAUCUAAUAGGUCAAAAAUAAAAUAUGAUUCAUUCUCAUUUGUAAAGUUUGACGUUUAUCAUUUUU